CGUGAAGUUAGUUUUGGCAGAUGACAGUUGAAUUACCAACAUAGCGGUGUAAAAGUUACUAGAUGAUUGGUGGCUAACUUCAGUUCGUGUCAUAUGUGCCAAAGUUUGUGUUGUUAUAUGUCGGAAUUAUUACGAUGAAUUGUGUUCCCUCUGUGGGACGUUUAAAAUCGGCAGUAAUUGAAUUGUUUUCGACAAAUAGUAAACAUUAAGCAGGGGAAAUUGAAAGACAAGAGAUCCAAUGAUUCGACACUUGCUUUUAAUGUCGGGAUUCGGAUCUUCUUGCACAAGGGACUGCUCGGGGAGAGGAGAGUGCCACAAUGGCACUUGCAUGUGUGAGAUACGGUUUACGGGGGAGUUGUGCGAUGGCCCCAAUGUGCCUUAUCAUGCAGGCAUCGGGGGCGUGUUCCUGUUUAUCGGGCUCGUUUGCGCUGUUCAGCUCAUCAUGUGCAUCAUAUCGGAGUAUCACAGACUCAAGGCACCGACUUUUUUGAGGGCCUGCAAGAUCACCAAUCAAAAGUUUAUUUAUUUUGUGUCUUUUUUGGCCAGUGUUAUUCGUGGGGCCUACUUUAUAUCGCCGGACUCUUUUAAAUAUGGUUGGUCUGCUGGAUUACUGUCCUCAUAUUAUCCAUUGCUGAUGUCUAGUGCAUCCUUAAUUGUUUGUUUUUGGGCUGAGGUUUUCCAUCUGCAAGGGAUCCACUGGGAAAAACCGCAAUUUCUGUCGAAAUCCUUCCUGGGUUUCCUCACAUUUAAUGUCAUCAGUUACAGCCUGCUGUUGGCCGAAUUUAUCACGAAUUCGUUGGCCAAACCGCCCGCAAACGACCCGAGCCUCUUCAAGCACCUCUUCAACGGCUGCUACGCGGUGCUCAUGUUCAUAGUGGUCGUCUUUUUUCUCAUCUAUGGCGUAGAAGUCUAUUUCAAGGUCAGAGGCGGCUUCGUGACGAAGCCGUUGCAGCUGGGCCGCAACACUCGCGAAUCGGAACCGCUGAACCACAAUGGCGGCGUCAACAGCUGCGGCGGCGGCCAAAACGAGCUUCGGCCGCAAGUGAACCCGUCGCAGCUGCACCAAUCGCGUAUCGGCCUCAUCAGCCAGGCUCUGAUGCUCAUCACCAUCGCAGGCUUCCUCUUCAGCGAGACGUUGAGCGAAUUUUGGAAGACUAAGGUUCCAAUAAAUUCUCGCAACUUGCACGAGGUGAUAUUCCGCAUAGUGGAGAUCGGAGUGGCCGUGUGGUUCCCCGCGGUGCUCUGGAACUGCAUGCAGCCCGCCGAGCUGUGGAUCCUCAAUCCGAGGAAGCUGCUGAGGAAAUUCGACGGCGGCGGCGGCCGCGCCAAAGAAGGGGCCGGCGGCGGCGACGCGGUCGACGGCGGCCCCGCCAACAAGGACUCCGCCAACGAGCGCGGCCAGGAUCUGGAAGAGGAGAUUUUUCUCGAUCGCGGCGAGUGCUGGAUCUGCUACGACGGGGACAAGCAGGAGCCCCUCAUUCAGCCCUGCGCCUGCACCGGGGACGUCAGCAGUGUGCACCACGACUGUUUGAGAAGAUGGCUGAUGGAGAGUUCCUCCUCUUCGACGGGCCCUCUGCGGUGCAAAGUAUGCAACUACGCGUACGACAUAUGCAGCACCACCAAGUUGGACUGGGACAGGGGUUUUACAUACAAACACUGGGGAAGUACCGUUUUCAUCGUCACCUGCCUCUGCAUGGUGGUGGCUGUUUCUUGGAUAAUCAUCCAACUCUACGAUAACAACUACAUCAGGAUGCUCAGUGCUAGCGUGGCCUUGCUCGUCAUAUAUCUUUGCAUCAAAUUUUUGGGCCAAAACACGUUGUCAGCUUACCAACGUGCCAAAGUGGCGGCGCUUAACAUCGGCAACCACGUAAACACCAUCAGCGAGAACGUGAACGAGGUCGAAGCGGUCGGCAUACAAGCUGCGCCACCUACUGCUCAAGUAGAAAACUGAUUUUUCGAUUUUGUUUUUAACUUUACUAAAAUUACGGGCUACACAGCGGAGGAUGAGGUUUAACACCCUGUUGAAGUACAAAACGGCUUGUCGAGUUUCAGUAAAUAAUUUUAGAACAAAUUUCGAGAAAAUAUUCCGCCAAGUUGAAAUUUAUUGUGAUAAAAAUUCACUUUUGCGCUGUCUUUCUAAAAAGCUAUCAGUUCCAGCGCUGAUUGUAUUUCGGUCUUAUUAUUAUUAAUGGAACAAAAUAUUUCUUAUUUAAUAUUUAAUAAACUAUAAGAUGGAAUGCAUUUUAAUCAGAAAUAGCGUUAGUCAGCAGUGUAUGUAACAUAGUAUUACUAGUUUUAACAAUUUAUUCACUACAUUUUUUUGUUAGUGAAUUUAUUUCCCUUUUUACUUUAACCCUUUAGAUCUUUUAUUUACUUUACUAGUUUCAUUUGACGUGUUGUUUUCAAAUUGUGGUCUCAUCACGUCAUUUUUGUUAUGUAUAUUAAUUAAUACCAGGCAUCACACCUCUAACAUGAAUAUAUUUAAUGGCUUACUUUAUUUGUACAUAUUUUUAGUAUUCUUUGGUUCAUCAAGUUUUGUAAAUAGGCAGAAAUGAAAUAUCAAUAAUCUUCUAUAUGAUAAGUACAUGUUUACUUAGUUUUAAUUUUUAAUUGAUUAUGCCAAAUCUAUAAAUGUAUGUUAUGCAACAAAAUACAUAUGAGUAACUAUGUAA